GAGGUUGGAGUAGCCAGGAGGAAGGCAUGGCCAGCCGUUGAGAAAUGCUUGUUGAAGUUUUCGAUUAUCAUGGAUUUAUCGGUGGUAGCCUCAGUGCAGUGGGCAGCUGGGAGGAGGUGCUCUUGUUCUCUAUGGACUUUAGUGUACCAAAACACUUUUUGGUGUUAGAGCUACAGGUUGUACAUUUCUGUUUGAAAAAGCUAGCCUUUGCUUUCCUAACCUCCCUUGAGUGUCUCCCCCUUCCAAUCUUUAGGGAUCUCAGAUGAUACGAAAGAGAGGUUGAACAGGUUAGUAAUAUGAGUUGCAAAAAUUCUGGCAGAUAAUUUCAGAAAGAGAGCGUCCAGAUAGUCUAGCCCAGCUAAUUUGUAGGGAUCCAGAUUUUGCAGCUCUUUCAGAACAUCAGCUGUCUGGAUUUGGGUAAAGGAAAAGCGAUUAUCGUAGAUCUAUCGGUGGUGACAGUAUUUCCUAGCCUCAGUGCAGUGGGCAGCUGGGAGGAGGUGCUCUUAUUCUCCAUGGACUUUACAGUGUCCCAGAACCCGGAAAUAGUGGUACAGGAUGCAAAUUUCUGUUUGAAAAAGCUAGCCCUGGCUUUCCUAACUGACUGGGUAUACCUCUUCGGAUAGCCAGAAGAUGGGCCUAGUUCGAGGCUGGCUCAAGGCUAACUGGUGCUUGCUUCAGGACAGAGGUGUUAGCCAGUGGUAGCCACUCGAUUGCAGCUAGCUAGCUGCGAUGAUCCGGUGUAAUGGCCCAGAGUUUGCGGCAGGAAUCCGGUGAUGUGGUGGAGAAAAUCAGUCCGAUAUUGCGCUGUGCAGACUGGCAGGUAUUGACAGAGCUAAAGCUGGCUGGUGACCGAGCUAAAGCCUGAAUUGAAAAUGGAUCUUUUUGGGUGCUGUUCUUUUUGAGGCAUUUGAAAAUUUCCCUGGUAUUUGUGGUGGAAUCUCUGUUUGAAAUUCACCACUUGACUGAGGGACCUGACAGAUAAUUGUAUGUUUGUGGUACAGAGAUGAUUGCACACAGAUCUAUCCAUGUCAUCAAUGAAGUAAACUAUGAGAUGUCAUCCGAGGACCUUACCAACAUGAUGUUUGACAAGAUCGAUAUCAAUGGUGAUGGUAAGCUGGGCCUGGAGGAGUUCAUGGAGGGCAUCCAGAACGAUGAGAAGCUGCUGGAGACACUGACCGAGAGUCUGGACCUCAUACAUCAUCAGCAAGAUCCAGGUCGAGAUGAACCUCUAUUGUUGCAGCACAAGAAGAUUUUAUGAGGAGUACGAGAGUGCCAGAGUGCAAGCGAGAGAGAGAGCCAGUGCGCAGGACAGACUGCCCACGGAGAACACUCAGGGAUACCCAAAAUAAAGACAGAAGCUUCGAGGCACUCUGCUGAACAAAAACUAAUACAUGAAGAAUGGAAGGAUGUCCCUCACUUGCCUCCCUACCACACAUGAUUGCCGAGAAAUAUUGAAGAUUUGGUGAUGUAUCAGUAGUUGAUUGAGACCUUUAUGUAAAGUCAACUAAACAGAUCAAGCAAAACAGUUAAAAUACAGACAACAUUGUUUUAUUGUAGACUAGACCUACGCUAUUAAUGUCUUUCCAAUUUUAACUGACCAACAACAGCUUUACAUCCUAACACACACACACACACACAAGAAAUUAGGCUGAUUUUACUGGCCUAAAAAUAAAUUUGCACGCACAAAGUCCCUGCCGAAACUACGGUGGGGACCUCUUGCCAGUGGCUAGUUUCUGGGUGUGACUGUACCACCACGUAUACAUGUAUACAGUAAAACUUGUAAUGGAUGAGUAACAACGUGUAUACAGUAAAACUUGUAAUGGAUGAGUAACAACGUGUAUACAGUAAAACUUGUAAUGGAUGAGUAACAACCGGGAAAAGGCCUGUCAUAUCUUCAGGCCUCCCUGAAUGCAGGGAGGGAGGCAUUCUUAAAUCAAACAGUAAUCUGUGCUGCUCAGUCAAUUUGUCAACAAGGCAGCAUGGUGCAUCAUCCAGACAUUUACAACAUAUCUUUUCCAUAAAAUAACAUUUUUCAUUGGGAAUGUAGAUAGUGUUUUCAUCCAAAGCAAUCACUUUUGCAUGUGCUUAAUUAUCUCACUUUUGUUUUGAGACGACUUCGCCGUGGGCUUUGAACAGGGUACCUGGCUCACAGCCCAGUUCCGAAUCGAAUGCAAUCAACUACAGCCUUUGCAAAACACACCUACAUUGGUGCCCAGGCGAGAUGUAUCGAACCCCCUCACUGUCAGUGUAAAUGCGUAAAAGGCACAUGGUGUGUGCUAAAUGAAAUUAUAAUCCUGGUGGAUCCAGCCCUGAAUGCUGAUUGCUGUGGUAUAUCAGACCAUAUACCACCAGUAUGACCCCCCCCAAAAAAAAAUUCAGCCCGUAGCCAUGUUAUAUUGUCCAUAUGCCACACAUAUGCCAUAUGUACCUUAUUGCUUAAUUAUAAACUGGUUGGUUUGAGCCCUGAAUACUGAUUGAGUGAAAGCUGUGGUAUAUCAGAAUGUAUAUCAUGGGUAUGACCCCCCAAAAUAUUUGUACUGUUCUAAUUGCGUUUGUAACCAGUUUAUAAUAGCAAUAAGGCACCUCGGGGGAUUGUGGUAUAUGACCAAUAUACCACGACUAAUGGCUGUAUACAGGCACUCCACGUUGCCGUUGCUUGGUGCUUAAGAAGACCAUUGGCCAUAUAUCACACCUAAUCGGGCCUUAUUGCUUAAAUAAAUAACAACAAACUCCAAACUGAUUAUUUCAAAUGGCUUUUGAACUUUUGAAAACAACAAACACAUAUAGCGAUUUACAGAUCAUAUGGUAACACAAUUCAGACAAAUAUUGUGAGUCAUUUAGUCAUCAUGGUCACAAUAAGGCUCCACCGAAAGUGGUGCCACAUUCAAGUCCUAAUCGGAUCUACGAACUCUGACAUGUCCAAUUUGCUAACUGGUUAUAGUUAUACACGUGCCACGUUCAACCAGUUAUCAAGUCGGAAAUGUCCACGUUUCUCUGUUCUGACUAGCACGUGAACGCGACAUAAUCUGGAACGGUGUGCCAGAAUGAAAUGUAUGUGACGUCAAGGUUCUACCUGAGUUUCGUUAAGGGAAGCGGAAAAGGCAUAAACCGCUCGGCCUUCUCCGGACAUUAUCAGAAUUGUUUUCCUGUGAUAAGAAGUAUCCGUGGGUCAUCUAUACGUUUACCUGGAUUGCAAAGGACAUAGAAGUUCCAACGUUUUGGAGAAUAAUAUUUUCCUGAAGUUUGGGAUUCUACCUUCUCCCAGAUCUUAAGUAUCCUACUUCCUGGUCACGUUCAACAGCAGGUACGUUUCACAGCGGUUUCCUAGAUUUGGUUUGUUUGCAACCAUGAAAUAGUUUUAAGUUCGUAACUUGAUUAAAAAAUAAUAAUAAUUGAAAUCAUUACUAACAAUUUAUUUGUGAAAAAAAAGUAGCCACUGGUCUUUCGUAUGUUGCUCGAAUUUACAGUGCGAGCAAGUGGUUGGAGGCAUAACAUACAACAACAUGUUACAACAGUCUGUAGCCUAUCCUAAUGGAUUGUUUGCUGGGAAGAAGUCCACCUUAUGGUUCAUUCAUUUGAAUUAAUGUAUUAACUUUGGACAUUGCUUUAUUUAUGUUCCAUGCUCAACCGACCUGUGUAACAACCAUGUCCUGCAGUGGCAUCAUAAGACCAACCAUAUGCACUUUUGGGAGGACCUUUUAAGUAAUAGCUGUAAAUCAGUGAAAUUGCAUUUUAUUCUGGGCUUUUUGAGGUCUGAGUAGAGUAAUGAAAUAAACUGACCUGUAGGCUGACCCGAAGCCACUACAUUUUAAUGUUUGCCUCUCAAAGUGGCCCAAGUCUAUGUUUGAAAUCUUGGUAGCCAUGUAAUGUUGGUCAUCUUGUGCCCGCCUCAGACAAGUUGCGUUAUGUCAUGCCCUUACAGCACAGUUUUUCUGAUACAGUGCUUCUAGUAGAAAUGUUUUGAGAUAUAUUGGUCAGGAUGUCCACAUAAGUGUACCAUAUGGAUAGUAAAUAUCUAACCUGCCCAUUGUGGCCCCCUCCCCAGACAAUAAGCAUGGCGUUGACCCCGCGGCGUGUCCGGCUCAAGCCCUGGCUAGUGGACCAGGUGGACAGUGGGUUCUACCCAGGCCUGGUGUGGAUUGACCGAGACAAUAAGCGCUUCAGGAUCCCCUGGAAACACGCUACACGGCACACCCCCCAGCACGAGGAAGAAAACACUAUUUUUAAGGCCUGGGCGUUAGAGACCGGAAAGUUCCAGGAGGGUAUUGAUGAUCCUGACCCUGCCAAGUGGAAAGCUCAGCUCCGCUGCGCCCUCAACAAGAGCAGAGAGUUCAACCUUGUCUACGACGGCACCAAAGAAGUCCCCAUGAACCCCCUGAAGAUCUACGACAUCUGUGACAUCCCACAGCCCCUCAGUAACCCAGGAUCUUCAGACCCUGGGUCUUGGACACCAAAUGAUGGGGAUGAAGAUGAAUCAGAUGGCUCAGAGCCCCUCCCUCCUUAUCCAAAAUCCAACGGCACCAGCCCCGCUCUUAUGUGGUCUCCACCGGGGUCUGUAUCGCCCCUCCAACCCCCCAGCUGCCCCCCAUCAGUUGAAGUGUGGCCCAAAGAGGAGCCUUUGGAUAUGGAGAUGCAGCCUUCGCCCCUGGAGAUGGCGCCCCCUCCCACACUGGACAUGCCUCCCCCUCCCAUGCCUGACGUGAUGUUCGCCUCCCCAGAGAUGUGGAUCAGCUCCUUGCCUAUGACAGACCUGGAGGUGCAGUUCCAGUACCGUGGUAAGGAGGUGUGUCCAGCCAUGACGGUCAGUAACCCCCAGGGCUGUAGGCUUUUCUACGGGGACCUAGGUCCCAUGGUCAACCAGGAGGAGUUGUUUGGUCCUAUCAGCCUGGAGCAGCUGAGGUUCCCCUCUACUGAGCACAUCGCCAACGACACGCAGAGGGUCUUCACCAACCGCCUGCUGGAUGUCAUGGACCGAGGCCUCGUCCUGGAGAUCAGCGGCCAUGACAUCUAUGCCAUCCGCCUCUGCCAAUGCAAGGUGUACUGGUCAGGCCCUUGCGCCCCCAACCCCAAAGCACCCAACCUCAUAGAGAGGCAGAGGAAGAUCAAGCUGUUCUGUCUGGAGUCCUUUCUCAGUGAUGUGAUAGCCCAUCAGAGGGGCCAGUCGGCCAGCCCUCCUCAGUUUGACAUCAACCUGUGCUUCGGAGAGGAGUGGCCUGACAGCAGACCCAAAGAGAAGAAGCUCAUCAUGGUGCAGAUUAUUCCAGUGGUAGCACGUAUGAUCACUGAGAUGUUCUCAGGCGACUGCAUGCGCUCCUUCGACAGCGGCAGCGUGCGCCUGCAGAUCUCCAUCCCAGACAUCAAGGACAACAUCGUGACCCACCUGAAGCAGCUGUACCGCCUGCUGCAGACCCACCAGGGCCAGGAAGGCUGGCCUCAGGCUCUGGCCCCAGGAGCCGGCAUGCACCUGUCCCCGGCCCUGCAUGCCCAGUGAAGUAGCCUAGUCCACCACGGCCCUACCAGACCAGUCAGUCUCUCUCACACACAGCUCUGUUUGGACACUGCUGCCUCUCUACUGCUGGUCCAAGAGGGGAUCUAUAAUCAGCAAACUAGUACUUAUGUUUAUAGAGGCAUGUUCAUCAGAAUAGGGAGAGGAAUCGCAUUGCUUUAGCUUCUUUUCCCCCUUUAGUUAUUAUGGUCUAUUAUAGGGUUCAUUGGUCCAUGUAUAUAUAUUGUGGUAAAUGCUGCUACCAGGCAUUGUAAUUAUACUGUUACUGUGGCAGUCAGUAAAACAUGGUGUGGUGAUAGUGUCUGUCUGCAGUUGUAAGCUCCAGGGCCUUAAACUAGAGCAGCAUUGUGGGUCAAAGUCCUGUAGGCUGCAAGUCAACAUUGAACAUCGUCAAUGAGUUACAGACAUGACCCUGGUUGCCAGUUACACAAUACAGUCAGUGACUUCUGAAUAAUCAUCAAGCUUUGUCCUGGUCCUUGUUGUUCAUAAAACACGAUCUCAAUCAUGUUUUCUACCUGUUUGAGUGCUAAUGCAUUUUAGUAGAUUUAGUUGAACUUUCAUCAAUAAGUGAUACAUACAUAUACUGUACUUUAAGUUAUCAGUUUAUUAUAAACAAUAUAAAGAAAAAGUAGCAUUGUGGCAUUUGCAUUUUAAGUCAUUUAGCAGACACUUAUCCAGAGCGACUUACAGGAGCAGGUAGGGAUAAGCUCCUUUCUCAAGGGCACAUCAACAGAUUUUUCAACUACUCUGCUCAGGAUUUGAACCAGCGACCUUUCAGUUACUGGCUCCCCGCUCUUAACUGCUAGACUACCUACCGCCCAUGACUGUUGAGAUCCAUUCCUUCAUGUGAUUCUAACUGGUCUUGCUAGGUAUGUGAACAGUUUACUAUAACUUAGUUUUUUGUGAAGAUCAUUUAAAGAUACUAGUAGAGAAAAUCAUUUAAAUGUUGAUGAUUUUCCAGAUGUAUAUCCUACACUUAUCAUUAUAUGGAAUUUAAUCUAUUUGUUUUGGCCUAUGAAAAUAGUAUAAGGGGUGUGCACUUAAUGUUAGAAAGGAUCUCAACUCUUUUUCCCUCUAUUGAUUUGUAUUUUCCUUUUUUUGAAAUAAAAAUGUCCAAAAUUA